AAGAGUGAAACGGUAGUCUGGCGCCUGUGCGACCAUGGCGGCCUUGGGACCUGGAGGUUGUGUGCGGAACGAUGCAGUCGAGAAGCUGCCAUCUAUUAUGGCGGGAAUUCCAGCGCGGAGGGGCCAGUCCUCCCCGCCCCCAGCUCCCAUGCUCUGCCUCCGUCGGCGGCCGCGACUCCCCGCGGCGCCCGAGGACUCAGUGCAGAACCGGGUGUCACUGGAGAAGGUGCUUGGCAUCACAGCCCAGAACAGCAAUGGCCUAACCUGUGAUCCCAGCACAGGCCACGUAGCCUACCUAGCAGGCUGUGUGGUGGUGAUUUUGGACCCUAAGGAGAACAAGCAGCAGCACAUUUUUAAUGCUGCCAGGAAGUCUCUGAGUUCUCUGGCCUUCUCCCCUGAUGGGAAGUACAUAGUGACGGGGGAGAACGGGCAGAGGCCUACUGUGCGAAUCUGGGAUGUGGAUGAGAAGAGUCAGGUGGCAGAGAUGUUGGGCCAUAAGUACGGCGUGGCAUGUGUGGCCUUCUCCCCCAAUAUGAAGCACAUUGUGUCCAUGGGCUACCAGCACGACAUGGUACUCAACGUCUGGGACUGGAAGAAAGAUGUUGUGGUGGCUUCCAACAAGGUAUCCUGCAGGGUCAUCGCCAUCUCUUUCUCAGAAGACAGCAGCUAUUUUGUCACAGUUGGUAACCGGCAUGUGAGGUUCUGGUUCUUAGAAGUGUCCACUGAAGCAAAGGUGACGGGAACGGUGCCCCUCCUAGGACGCUCAGGUAUCCUGGGUGAGCUGCACAACAAUGUCUUCUGUGGUGUGGCGUGUGGCCGAGGUCAAAUGGCAGGCAAUACCUUCUGUGUGUCCUAUUCGGGUCUCCUCUGCCAGUUCAAUGAAAAGAGGGUGCUGGAGAAGUGGAUCAAUCUGAAGGUCUCCCUCUCAUCAUGCCUCUGUGUCAGUCAGGAGCUCAUCUUCUGUGGCUGCACCAAUGGGACAGUUCGCAUCUUCCAGGCCCACAACCUACACUACCUUGCCAACCUGCCUAAGCCGCACUACCUUGGGGUGGAUGUGGCUCAGGGCCUGGAGCCCAGCUUCCUCUUCUGCGGGAAGGCAGAAGCAGUCUACCCGGAUACAGUGGCACUGACCUUUGACCCCAUCCACCAGUGGCUGUCCUGCGUGUAUAAGGACCACAGCAUCUAUAUCUGGGAUGUCAAAGACAUCAACAAAGUAGGCAAGAUGUGGUCAGAGCUCUUCCACAGCUCCUACGUGUGGAACGUCGAGGUGUAUCCUGAGCUUGAAGAUCAGAGAGCUUGUCUACCAUCGGGAUCUUUUCUGACUUGUUCUUCAGACAACACCAUUCGCUUCUGGAACAUGGAUAGCAACCCUGACUCUCCCUGGCAGAAAAACAUCUUCAGUAAAACGCUACUGAAGGUAGUGUAUGUAGAGAAUGACAUUCAGCAUCUGCAGGAUAUGUCACACUUCCCAGACCGGGGAAGUGAGAGUGGGACACCUGUGGACGUGAAAGCUGGAGUACGAGUCAUGCAAGUCAGUCCUGAUGGCCAACACUUGGCUUCAGGUGACCGAAGUGGAAAUCUGAGGAUCCAUGAGCUGCACUUCAUGGACGAGCUGGUCAAGAUGGAGGCCCACGAUGCUGAGGUGCUAUGCCUGGAGUACUCCAAGCCUGAGACUGGGUUGACCUUGCUGGCCUCAGCCAGUAGGGAUCGACUGAUCCAUGUGCUGAACGUGGAGAAGAGCUACAGCCUGGAGCAGACCCUGGAUGACCAUUCCUCCUCCAUCACGGCCAUCAAGUUUGCAGGCAACAGAGACAUCCAGAUGAUCAGCUGUGGGGUUGACAAGAGCAUCUACUUUCGUAGUGCCCAGCAGGGCUCGGAUGGGCUCCACUUUGUCCGUACCCACCAUGUGGCAGAGAAGACCACCUUGUAUGACAUGGACAUUGACAUUACCCAGAAGUACGUGGCUGUGGCCUGCCAGGACCGCAAUGUGAGAGUCUACAACACCAUGAAUGGAAAGCAGAAGAAAUGCUACAAGGGAUCCCAAGGCGAUGAAGGGUCCCUGCUGAAGGUCCACGUGGACCCCUCAGGCACCUUCCUAGCCACAAGCUGCUCCGACAAAAGCAUCUCGGUGAUUGAUUUUUAUUCGGGCGAGUGCGUUGCCAAGAUGUUUGGCCAUUCUGACAUCGUCACCGGCAUUAAGUUCACCUAUGACUGUCGUCACUUGAUCACAGUAUCUGGAGACAGCUGUGUGUUCAUCUGGCACCUGGGCCCAGAGAUCACCAACUGCAUGAAGCGGCACCUGCUGGAAAUGGACCAUCAGGAGCAGGGGCAGCAGAACACAAAGGACGGGAAGUGGAGCAGCCUCCCCAGGCAGGAGACAUAUACAUCCAGCAAGAUUUGUUCCCUAAGCCCUGGAGAGCAGACAGAGGAUGAGCUGCAGGAAGAGCAUGAACCUGAAGAGCUGCUGAAGACACCAUCCAAAGAGAGCUUGGAUCCAGAUCCUCCGUACCUGCUGACCAAUGGCAAGCUGCCACUCUGGGCAAAGCGGCUGCUGGGAGAUGACGAUGCGGUGGAUGGCUCAGUGUUCCGCACCAAGGACAGCUACCAGCCACAUGGUCGCUGGGCAGAGCGAGCUGACCAGGAGCCCCUCAAGACCAUCCUGAAUGUCCAUGACUUGGAUUGCUUCUUUACCCCCAUGAAGUUCGACAGCCUGGGGGACUCCGUUCUGGAUACAGUGGAGCCACAGAGCCUGGCAGGUCUGCUGAGUGAGUCAGAGAGUCCCCAGGAAGAUGGCCGUAGGAAUCCCUCCUUCCUGCCCUUACAGAGGGAGUCUUCUGAAGCCAGAGAGGUCAUCAUCUCCCUGGAGGCAGAGGUGCCUGUCCCAGGGACAGACAGCAAGUGCAGCUGGAAAGCGGUGCAGGGGGAACCUGAAGACCAGCAAGGUGACUUCUAUCUCAGAGUCUCCUCCCUGGGCUCAAAGGAUCAGAGCAAACUCGACGGGGAUUCUGAGGCCUACUUGGAGUGUACCUCCGCCACCAUCCAUUCCUCCCCUCAACACCUGGACCCAGACCCUCGGUUCGACAUGACAAUGACCCCCAUAGCAGAAUGCCCAGGAACCGCAGAAGAGUUGUUGCAGCCUGAGGUACCAGGCAUAUCCAAUGGCUCCCUGCCCCAGACCCCUGAGCAAGAGAAGUUUCUCCGCCACCACUUUGAGACACUUACUGACACCCACCCUGAGGAGCUCUUUCCCAGAUCCCUAAGAGAUGUGACAGCCUCUGAGGAUGAGGACUCUCUAAAUCCCCGGCUGAGCAUCUCAGCCCAGUUCCACUCACGCCUCCAGAAGACAUCCAGGCUCAACCACACCAUCCCUUUCCGGCUGCCCUUGAACCUUCUGAAGUCCCCAGAGGUCAAAGUCAUAGACCUUGGGGAGAACCAGCCCAAGGCGGAGCCUCUGAGAGCAGACACUGGCUAUGCCUUCCCAGACAGGACCAACGUCCUCUCUGCGGGGAAGGCUAAGGAGCCCCUCGACACCCUGAAGGCCUGGUACCCACGGAACAGGAAACCUCUGACGCCCACCACCCUACCCACUCCAGGCCUCCACAGCCCCUCUACCUGCUCCUACAUGGAGGCUGCUGCCAGCUCCUGUGCCAAGAUGUCACACAGCAUCUCCCUUGAGGACAGCGAGGACCCUGUCCUGACUGAAUUGACUAGACCCCUCUGCAGGCCCUCGUCCAUGGGGGAGCUGGCCUCCCUGGACCAGGAGCUUCAGACCAUCAUGACCACUACAGCAGCACCCAAUUCUGACAGCAAGGGCCAAGAGCCUGCCCUGACGUCCCAGGGCAACCAUGAAGCCCGGGCCAGCCUCAGACAGACCCUGUGGGGUGUCUGUGACAGGCUCUUACUGCCCCCACCCCCACAGGAGUCACCUGCUACUUGUGUUGGGUCCCAGGAACCUGUGGCCAUGCAGCCUGAUGCCACGGUUACAACAGCUAGCUUCCCGGCUCCCACAGAUGUGAGCUCCCCGAGGCUCCACAGCUCCACCUUUCUCCCAAGGCUUUUGGCCCCUGGGCCCCUCAACACCCCUGCCCACCCUGAUGGCCUCUCACUUCCAGAGGCCAUGCCAGGGGGCCCUGGCGGCAUCACCUCCCUCCUGGAGCUCACCCCUGGUGUGCUCAGUGUGGUCCAGGAUAGCCCUGAACACUGUGGGGAGCCUGGGGUGCCAGCUGCAGUCCUUUCCCCAGUUCCCCUUGGGCUGAGCGGUGUGGGGACCAUCGCGCACAAACUGAAGACAGCCUUCCAAGAAGCCCUGGACCUUUACCACCUGAUGGUGUCCAGUGACCAGCUGAGUACCGAGCAGCAGCAGGCACAGACUGAGCUGGCCUCCACCUUCCUUUGGAUCCACAGCCAGUUAGAGGCCAACAACUGGCUGGUUGGGAGUGACGUGGCCCCAGCCCAGGCCCUGCCUAUCCCAGGUCCUCUCUCCCCACCUACACUGUGCCCCCUGGCUAGCCCAGAUUUGCGUGCCCUGCUGGAACACUACUCGGAGCUGCUGGUGCAGGCCGUCCGGAGGAAAGCACAGGGGGACUGAGGGCCAGCAGCCCUGCCAUUUUCUGACAAAAUAGGUAUUUUAAGCAAAUAAAUGGACAACUUGGAGGAAUGGUUCCUGGUGCCUAUCCUGGCACAUCCACAAAGCCCCUCUU